UUGUUCUGUGUCGUGGUUGUGUUUCGGGCUGCAGACCGACUUCAUAUUCCACAGACGGGCCUGAAAGCUUGUGGCUUUGUGUUUCUAAAAGCGGCUGAGGUUUGUUUGUGCGGAGGAAGGACGUCGUUUCCUGCAGGAAAAAGCAAUGGCUGAGCUAUAAUUAUCCCCAAACGCGCGCGUGAGUGUGUUGUCUUUUCUUCCGAUCUCACAGGGACGGUGAGGCUGCGUGCUGUGUGCAAACAUGGAGGAACGGUGUUGAAAAGAGAAGUUUUUGAACAAAGAUACAGUCUGUGGACACGUGCACUCUGAGCUCUGUGGCUUUCAUUCAGUCAAAUCCACAGUGGUUUUAUAUCAUAUAUGCGUUUGGGAUCGUCCACACUCUUCUGUUCUGCACGCUUCCUGCUGUUGAAGGUUCGGUCAGACUCCGUUGUGCAGGUCUUCAGCAGUGAUGGACGACAUUAACGUGGAGCAGCAGGAGCCACUUCCUGUGGACAGAGAUGGGAGACAGUGGGGGACUGAAGAAGACCAGCCUGACGGCGGCAAGAAGCCAGGAUGCUGUGAGAGGUUCCAGCAGACCGUCUCAAAGUGGAUGCUUCCAGAAGACCUGCGUAGCAAGUACCUGGGCCGUACCAACUGCUGUCCCCCGCCCAUCUUCAUCAUCCUCAUCAGUAUCGCAGAGCUGGCAGUGUUUAUCUACUACGCUGUGUGGAAGCCUCAGAAACAGUGGGUGACCCUGGAGCAAGGCAUCUGGAAAAGCCCCUUAACCUACAAACCUGAGAGAAGAGAGGAAGCAUGGCGAUUCGUCUCCUACAUGUUUGUCCACGCUGGUGUGGAGCACAUUGUUGGUAACCUGCUGAUGCAGCUGCUGCUGGGAAUCCCACUGGAACUGGUCCAUAAAGGGUUUGAAGUGGGAAUGGUUUACCUUGCCGGCGUCCUGGCUGGCUCUUUGGCCAGCUCCAUCUUUGAUCCCCGCAGUGCGUUGGUGGGAGCGUCUGGAGGCGUUUACGCCCUCAUAGGAGGCUAUUUUAUGAACGCGAUAGUGAAUUUCCGAGAGAUGAUUCCUCUCCUGGGAGUGUUCCGUAUCCUCGUCAUAGUCAUAAUCGUGGGCACAGAUUUUGGAUUUGCCUUCUACAGAAGAUUUGCGGCCAGUGAAGAGGGUUUACAGGUGUCCUUUGUGGCUCACUUUGGUGGAAUUGUGGCGGGGAUGACCAUCGGCUACGUCUUUUUCAGUGCCUACAACAAGAAGCUACUCAAGGACCCACGUUUCUGGCUGUGUAUAGUGGCGUAUGUGAUCUUUGUUCUGUUCGCCGUGCUCUUCAAUAUCUUUCUCUCACCGGCUCCGUAAAAAGCAAAGAGCCUCAGCUUUUAAGUUAUGAGGAACCUCCUCAAUAUGAGUCAUUAAGGAAGUUAUAUUUUACUCAUGUGUUUAAAGCAAAGUAGCUUUUCAGAGAUUCUGAAUGUAGUUUGUUCUUUUAUUUAAGUGAAAGGGCACCCCCUGCUGUUUAUGUGCAGCAUCACACCCUAUGUGCAUGUUUUUUUAAAUUUUAUUUCAGAUAAUGUUAAUAAUGUGCCUUAACUGAUUUUUAUAUCAUGAUGUAAUGUUCUUCUCUUGCCUUUUGUGUGUGUGUGUGUUUUUUAACUCACUUGGUCCUAGUUCAUGUUAUUUUUCUUUAGUGUGAAAUGUCCACUUUGUUUUAUGAGAGAAAAUUACUGUCCAUGUUGUUACUCAUGUGCUGUGGAUUUUCAGUAUUCCUUAAACACGUGCCUUAUACAUGGUGCAGACUGUCAUCACAUCAAACAUCUGUUCAGACAUGUAUCGGUCAGCACUAACAUGAAGAGUUUACUCAGAAGUCUCAGGGAUGAAUCUCCAAAAACAUGCCGGUAUUGCCCUUUUCUGCUGUUACUGUAAGAAGUGAUCUACCAUCAGGACUUUGCUUCAUGCCGUUAUUGUUUUAGUCGCGUCCUGUUGACAAGUUACAUGAUGAUGAGUCAUAAAACUGUAUAAGUUUUUCUUUAAUACUUGGAAAUAUAAACUUUUAAAAGCUUUGAACAAUAAACAUUCAAUUCUG